GCGAUGGCGCGUGGGUGUGCUCAUGUCAUCGCCUGUCUCGAGAGCGCAGUGCGCCCGUCGCUGCAUGCACCGACUGUACGCGUGGAAGCAAACUGUUCUGCCAGAGUUUGUAAGGCAUGGAACCGUGAAAUAUUAGUGCGGUUAGUCAGAGCCCUGAAACCACUGCAGGCUCGGGAUAGCCUACAGGUGCUCGCGUGCUCCUCCGAAAGUCCACGGACAACACCUACUGGUUAUUUGGGGGAGAGAUGUGGACGUCCAUGAAUAUUAUUACGUGCGUAUGUGUGUUUCUCCUGACCAAGAAUGCCAUCGCUAUAAAUAAGCUCUUUGGUGACCUAGAGCCUGUGCGGAUGACGUCGGAGGGCUCGGACUGUCGCUGUAAGUGUGUGAUGCGGCCACUGAGCGCCGAGGCAUGCUCGCGGCUGCACAGCGGCGCCCUGAGCGUGGACGACUUCUACGCCGUGGAGACAGUGAGCUCGGGCUCCGAUUGCAAGUGCUCGUGCACAGCUCCACCCUCGGCGUUGAACCCCUGCGAGAACGAGCGGAAGGUGGAGAAGCUGAAGAAACAGGCGCCCGAGCUGCUCAAGCUUCAUUCCAUGGUGGACCUGCUGGAGGGGACGUUGUACAGUAUGGAUUUGAUGAAAGUCCACGCAUACAUGAAUAAGGUUGUAGCGCAGAUGAACACUCUGGAAGAGACGAUAAAGACCAAUCUAAGCCGGGAGAACGACAUUGUGAGGGACAGCGUUGUGAAUCUGUCCAAUCAGCUGAAGAAAUAUGAGAACUACUCUGACAUCAUGGUCAGCAUUAAGAAAGAGAUCUCCAGCCUGGGACUCCAGCUACUGCAGAAAGACACAGCUGACAGCAAGGCCCAGGCCACUGAAAACAAGCAAACCAAGGAUGGAGUAAAAACCCCCAACAAAAAACCUCCAGCAGCCAAACCAGCAGCCAAGCAGCCUAAAGAGAAGCCCGUCAAAGCAGUGAAGAAGGAGCCACAUGCCAAGCCCGCCAAACCCGCCAAGCCCGCCAAGCCUGACCCCACGGCCAGGACCAAGGUCAUGGGCCACCAGCCCGGAGUCAUCAGGGGCAUCACCUACUACAAGGCAGAGAGGGUGGAUGACUCUCAGCCCGACGCUGCAGAGAGAGGGGAGAGAGGAAACCCGGCCAAAACCCACACCGUGCAGCACAUCAAGGACAUGGGGGGUUCCGAACUCGUCUUGGAAGCCGUAGAGGGUGCCACGGCAGCAGCGCCAAUAACAACAACGGCCACGACAACCGUUGCCAUGAAACCAGCAACAUCCACAACAGCAGCAACAACAGCAGCAGUUGCCUCCCAGACUAGCAGUAGUGCUGAGAGAUUUUACCCCACAAGUUCCACCCAGUUCCCCCCAACGAGUCCGAGCAAGGUCAACAGUGGGAGGUCCAACUGGCCCAGAGCAGGUAAAUCCCUGGAGUGUGAGGGCACCAUCGCAUCAGUUGAGAUGCCAAUAAAGCACCACAGUUACGGCCGUAAUGAGGGGGCAUGGAUGAAAGAUCCCCUCUCCAAGGACCAGAAGAUCUAUGUAACCAACUAUUACUAUGGCAACAACCUGGUGGAGUUCCGCAACCUGGACAACUUCAAACAAGGUCGCUGGAGUAACCUCUACAAGCUCCCAUACAACUGGAUAGGGACCGGUCACGUGGUGUACAACGGUGCCUUCUACUACAACCGAGCCUUCACCAAGAACAUCAUCAAGUUCGACCUGCGCAUGCGCUACGUGGCUGCCUGGACGCUCCUCCACGACGUUGUCUACGAGGACACCACGCCGUGGAAGUGGCGCGGUCAUUCCGACAUCGACUUCGCUGUGGAUGAGAGCGGUCUGUGGGUCAUCUACCCGGCGCUGGACUACGACUACACCCACCACGAGGUCAUCGUGGUCAGCCGCCUGGACCCCAGCGACCUGUCCGUGCGCAAGGAGACCACCUGGAGAACAGGCCUGAGGAGCAGCUCCUAUGGCAACUGCUUCAUCGUGUGCGGCGUGCUGUACGCCAUCGAUGCCUACAACCAGAAGGAGGCCGAGGUGUCGUACGCGUACGACACGCAUACCAACACAGAGGCCACGCCCCGCCUGCCGUUCACCAAUGAGUACGCCUUCGUCACGCAGGUGGACUACAACCCCCGGGAGAAGGUUCUGUAUGCCUGGGACAACGGACGGCAGCUCACCUACAACCUCCACUUCGUGGGCCAUUGAGUGUGUGGGAAUGCCUACUGGCCUUCAGGACGGGAAACCCAACUUCCACUUUGCGUAGGAGGUGAAUUAAGGAAAAUCCAACAGACACUUCUGACAUCAUGUACGAAACAUCGUUCUGUGUUUGUGUGACACUUGUGGUUUUUAAUGUAAUUCUUACCUGAAUUUAAAAGCUUCUGCAUGGUGAGUGAAGCUAAACUCUGUUUCUGGUUGACAUUUAAUAUGGUUUAUGGUUUAUGUUGGAAAUUCACACAUUUUUAGUAAUGAUAACUGAGGAUUAAGGAUGAUAUCUUAUGGAUAUUCAAAAAAAGGAAUAUCUAGUUGUUUUAAAAUGGGCAACAAUAUUAGGGACCUUUAUGAAGUCGAAUGUGUUAUUUCCUCAUUAAUUAAACAAAAGUUGUUUAUUUUGUAAGUCAUUUCUUUCCAUAAACUCAUAAACACUGUGACACCCUACGGUCGUCACAGUGCGUUUGUUAAGUGGGGUGUAAUGAGGUAUGUAAAUUGCUCAUGUACUCUGAACUAUUCAUUUUGUAAAAUAUUAAUAUUGCUCUGUAAAUAUUUUCAGCAUGUUACAAGAUUGUUUGUUACAGCAGUAAGGAUGCAUCAUUUUAAGGCACUACUUAAACUCCUGGCUGAGUUUUCUUACAGUUUUUUUUGUAUGUCUCAUGUAUUAGGAAAAAUGGUACACGAUUUCUACACAAAAGUCCAAAUAAACUUUCACCCCACUUAUCACAGGUUGUGUUUUGACAAUCUGCUAUGUUAUGACAAAUUGCACUGUUUUGUUUUUUCACUACGGCAAAUAAACACAUAGUGCUAACUUUA